AUGUGUGAGAUCGAGUCGAGCGAUAAUGUGUAUCCCUCAAUUGGGCAGGCAUUUGAGUCAAUGUUGAGAUACUCAGGCAUUCCCUGCGUGACGGUGCGUGGAAUAGCGAAGAGCAUGGACUAUAAGGUGGGCCAACCACUAGUACAGAAGGAGGAGCCUCUAUUCCACCCGGAGACGGGCGCGUUACCUGCCCAGAUAGCAAGUCUGCAGCACUCAUGGAAUGCGGCCUACGUGGAUGGUCUGUGGCGCCUCUACGACUGCACCUGGGCCGCCCAGCGUCUCGCCAUGGGGACGCGGGAGGGUCUCCCCAAGUCCUCCCAGGCCGUCACGCUACAGUACGAGACCGACAUGUUCUACUAUCAGGUCGAUCCUACCAAACUCAUCUACACUCACUACCCCUUCGAGGAUGUCUGGCAACUCAUUGACCCCCCCGUCUCCAUCGUGGGAUUUGAGUACCAGAUCAAACGUCCGCUUCAAACUACAAAACAUUGCCGGCCCGUUAGAAAUAUUAUGAAGCAAAUUAGAUUCUCGAACCUAACACUCGACCAUAGUUUUGCUACGUGGCCACUGCUGAAACCUGCUUUCUUUCAAUAUGGCCUUCAUCUAUUCUCUCACCAAGAGGGUGUGGUUGCGGUCGAAAAUCAACUGGUUUUGAAAUUAAAAAUCCUCCCUGAAAACAUCACAAAGCUUCUCUUUACCUAUCAGCUUAACCUCGAAGGCUUUGGAAAUAUUGAUGUGGGCUCCAGUAAGACGCGAUUUGGCAUGCAUGAAAUAGCUCCAGAGGAAUCAUGCGUAAUUUUCCGCUUUCGUCUACCAAAGAAGGGUGACUACAACCUCGUCAUCUACGCCAGACACUCCGGCGAACAGCUCUUUUCUGACGUCUGCGAGUAUCGAGUCACAGCGAGGGGGAAGGAGGGGGAGGGUGGUUCUCUAUCUGCCUUGCCCUUCCCGCCUACCGCGCAGGCAAAUUACGGCCCUACCGAGAAGGCCUCUGAGUACGGCCUUGAGACACUGCCGCGGGGACUCCCUCCCCUCAUUAAAAGUCCCAAGGGAACUGUCGAAAUACGCUUCGUUGCUGCUGAAAUCUUCGAAGACACUUUUAUGUUGCAGGAGAAUCGCAUACCCCGUCUUACAGCUCGCCUAAAGUCGCUUUCAGUUAAACCGGAGCUGCUAGAGAAUUGCAUUCUCCUGAGAGACAUUGAGGCGUCUGUGCCGACGACAGGUGUGUCGGUGCUCACAGGAACGGGUCCCUGCGUCCCUAUGUCAGUCCUUAAUGCCUACCUACCCGAGCCCGGCGAGUACGCCCUCGAAGUGUACGCCGCACCGUCCGACUCUGACGAACCCACAGCCUACCACCUAGCCUGGCAAUUUCUCAUUGAGGCAGAGGCGGGAAAACCUCUCUCAGCCCCACUUCUCAGCCGCUUGGCUACAAUAAAUCUCGGUCCACAGGACAACACAUGGCAGAAUCUUGGUUUCCGCACACUCAGCCAUCCUGACCCACUAGUGCGAGUGCGGACGGCGGGACGGACAGGCUCAGAGCGCUUGCUGAGGCUAAAAAACAAGUCGCAGAUUCUGCAGCGUUUUAUGGGCUCCCAGGGCAUUCAUUCGCAGCAGGCGGAGGCAACUGAACCGGGUAAAGAACCCUCACAACCGAUAGAGACGAACCCUGAGGAAGAGCAAGGCUCCCGACCAGUAGACAGGGAGGCCUGUGAUCUUCAAAUCAUACUAGGAUUGCCAGAACAACAGAAGGUUUGCCUUAUAAGCCAACUUGUGGACAUUUCUGGAGAUGAAGAGGAGGACGUAACGGGCUAUCUGCUGCAGAAAGCAAAUGCUCUCGAAGACGAAGAACCACAACCUGGAGACAGGUCCAGUACAUUGAGUAGAGAUAUACCAAGUCAGGUGGUCAACUUGCUCAUUCGAAUACCGAAGGGUGGUUCCUUCUACAAGCUGUACCUCUAUGCCGUGCCAAUGGAGCAGAACAUCACAGGCUCUAUUCCACUCGUCUUUACUUACCUGAUCGACGCCCCACUGCGUCUAAGCGCUGCCGAGGCGCCGUACAUCGGCGCCACGGCGGGCGAAUUCCCCGAAAAGAUCGAAAAGCGCGAGGCUGCUGAGGAGGCUGCAGCAGCCAAGGGCCAUCGCUGA